AUGGUCGCUGAAGACGCGGUGUUCACGGAAGCGAAGACGCCCAAGGCCGGCGAUGUCCAGGCCGGCAGAUCCGUCCCGCUCUCGCCGACCUUCUGGUUCAGCCUCGCGGUGCUGCUCCUGCUCCCCUUCCAGUUCGGCUGGUCGGUCGGCCAGCUCAACCUCACGACCUUCAACGACGAAGACGAGUGCAACGCGCGACCUCUAGUCGACGGAACGUGCCUCAUGUUUCCCGGUCAUAGCAGCACGGAAUGGACCUUGAUCGUGAACGCGUGGAUUGUAGGCGGUAUGAUCGGGAGUCUCGGUUGUGGCGUUAUCUCCGAACGUUUCGGUCGCAAGAAGGUAUUGCUGGCGAACGCCGUCGUCAUGUUGGCCGGCGCUGUCAUUCAAGCGAGUACGUCGAGUAUCUCGGUUUUUAUGGUCGGGCGUAUCGUCGCCGGUAUCGCGUCGGGUUGUGCGACGGGUAUGGUGGGUGGCUACAUCAGUGAGAUUACACCCCCGAGUCUCCGUAACUCGUACGGCACGUUCAUGCAGGUAUCUCUCUCUGCCGGUAUCUUAGUAGUGACCAUCAGUUUUUUCUUCGCGGAUACCAGUAGCGGCUGGAGGUACAUCGCCGCAUUUCCCGUUCUUAACGCCGGUUUCUUCUUGGCGUUCGCACCGUUCGUUCUUGUAGAGAGUCCCGCGUGGCUUUUGGAAAAGGGCGACCGGGAGCAUGCGGAGCGGGAGAUCGCCAGACUUUACGGCUUCGAUUUCGUCCCAGUAGCACUGACGUGGAUGGAACCAGGUAUCAAUACUGACCUGGAGUCAGAGGAACUGUGCGGCGAACAGCACGAAGGCGGCACAUUGUCGCUGCUGUUUUCGCCGCUCUUUAUCAAGCAACUGCUUGUGGCUCUUGGUGUAUCAGCUGCGCAACAACUUACGGGUAUCAACGCGGUGUGCUAUUACUCGUCCGAUAUCUUCUCGGAUGCAGGGAUGUCGGAUGGUCGUGUGGGUGGCGUCAUCGUUGCUACGGGUAUAACUUUGGCGCUUGCGUUGUCGGUCGAGGUACUCUCUAUCGUCUUCAUGGACGAGUACAAGUUUGUCCCCUUUAUGGUGACCACCGCUGCGUUUUUCUUCUUCACUCAGUUUUGGAUCCCGGAGACUGCAGGUAAGAGCACCGAGGAGAUCCAAGCCACGUUCCGAUCUAGGAAAGCUCAGAAGCCGGUGGUGGUGUUAAGCUGA